AUGGCAUCGGCGCAACAAAAUGGACUGAUGCAUAGAUAUUCUAAAUCUAUCAAAACAAUCCGAAAUCGAAUUGUUCAAGUUGACUUUCGUUGGUCACAAGUCGAUCCUUGCCAAAGUUAUCAUUUGCAAAUACUUGAAGAACGAUUUUGUCAAGCGCAGAAGAAUAUUCGUGCUAAAAAGUUAAUUCAUAUGCGAUUUGAACAGUUCAUCGAUUUGAUAACACCACUGUUCGCUAACGAUGCAAUGGAAAUCAGUCAUUUUGUGUUACGUUCGACGUUUGAUUACUUAUUUGAUCAAAAUUCCAAUGGAUCGAUUGAACCACAAGAAUUCGAACCACUUUUUCUAUUACUCCAUGGAAACAAUGCAUCCAAGCUGAAUUUAUUCCAGGAACAUCUACGACAAAUAUUCAGUAAUCGAUCAAAUCAUGUUUCAUUCAAAGUGCAUCGAUUUGCUAAACAUAACUGUGAUCUUAUUAUUCACGGGCAUCCAAGUGAGGAAAAUGUUUAUCCGCAAAGUCAAGUUAAGUUUGUAUCGAAGCAAAUACGAAAUAUCGCUGAUGCGCAAAGCCUAGCUGAAGAUUUUCAGCACAUUGAUAUCUUGAUUAUUAAUCAACCACAUCGAGGGUAUCAGAGAGGCUCGAUUGAGGAAUUUCCAGUCGAAAAAUGGAAGGAAAAUAUCGAUUCGAACCUUCACACAACUUUCGCAUUGGUAAAAACUCUAUGGACACGGAUGAAACGUCAAUAUUUCGGACGAAUUAUUCAUAUCGCUAACGAGCACAAUUUCAUCGCCAACGAAUAUCAAUCAGCAUGUACAACUGCACACUAUGCAUUGAUUGGCCUAAAUAAAGCUUUGGCAGUCGAAGGCAGUCCAUAUGGAAUCACAUCGAACAUUAUUUGUCUCGGAUCGAUAUCGGCAAAACCUUUCGAAGACCACAAUAAUCAUGUCGAAACAUUGACCGAUCUUGUCUUAUUUUUAUGCACUGAUCAAGCUCGUUCGAUCACCGGUCAACUGAUCCCGUGGACAAAUGUAGAGAACGUUUAG